AUGCACUCAAUUAUGGCAACAUACUCAGAAACAAAUUUCAACACCAAACAUUACGACGAAUCCAGGCCCAAUUACCCUGACCUGUUCUACUCUACCUUGAUGCAGUACCACUCAGAAGGAGGAACUGGAACCCAAUUGGCAAUUGAUAUUGGGUGUGGGUCAGGGUUUGUCGCCUUCAAGUUGACGCAAUACUUUGACAAAGUCAUUGGAACAGAUAUUUCGCAAACUAUGAUCGACUCGUGUUGCAACAACCCAUUGGCUGCAAAUAAACCGAUCAACUUUUUCCGUGCUCCAGCUGAAAAGUUUCCUUCUGUGGUAGAAGAGGACUCGGUUGAUUUGGUUACGGGUGCCGAAUGCUGUCAUUGGGUUAAUCAUGAAAAAUUUUUCAACGAAACUGCUCGAAUUCUCAAACCCAAUGGAACCUUGGCUUACUGGUUUUACGGAGACCCAGUCUUUAUGGACAGUGAGCGAGCAAACGAGAUUUAUAUGAACUACUGCUACAACUCCUCGCAAGAAAUGUACCCUGGCGAACCAUUUGAGCGGUAUAUGGGACCUUACUAUGAGCAGCCAGGACACGAAUAUUUCAGAAUUUUGUUGAAUAACGUUCAAGUUCCUUCCGACAAGUUCCAUAGUGUUGUGCGCAACGAGUACAGGCCCGACAGAGACGGAGAAAACACCGGAUUGACGUCGUUAAAAAUAGAAAAAAUUUGGACCCUUGACAUGUUUCGCAAUUAUGUCAAAUCAUGGAGUGCAUACCAUGCAUGGAUGAAAGAUCACGGAACAAAAUACGACAUUGCCGAUGCGUUUAUUGACGAGCUCAAGGCCGAAUGUGGGUGGGAAAACGACACGGAAUUGCGUCUUGUGUUUCCAACAGUUUAUACGUUUGCGAGGAAAGGUUGCAAGGUGCGGCGCGAAUGCGGCGCGCAGUGA